AUGGCAUCGCUCUCCGUUGGAUCGGCGAUGGUCAAACUCUCGCACUUCGCAAACUUGACGAAGCAUCGUAUGGGACUCAAAACAAUGGAGAAGAAACGCGUUGACGGGGCGUUCGAACUAUUCGCCACUGGUCCACCUCCUGCUUCUUCCAAGGGCGCCAAACAGAAAAUGCUGUAUCUGGAGUUUCUUCAAAGAGUAAGGACUCUUGUCGGUGAUGCAGGAGUUGUUUUCUGUGCUGCCGGACUUGGGCCCUCAGCUAUUGCAAAUAUGAAAGACAGCGACCGAGUGUUCCUGGCAUCCAGUCUAAAGGAGAAAUGGCACACAUUCGACACCGCUGUGUUCCAAGGAAUUGCGGACGGCGUCUCGCAAGGUGAGCUUUUACUUGUACGUUGA